GACUUCGCUAAAAGUAGUGAUGGGUCCCGCAACACCGAUGCGCCAGCGCAUGCGUCAAGUUCGUAGAGCGAAACGCCGUGCCGAUGCGUGUAUUGGGUUGAGGGAGUCACGUGACCGAUACAGUUACCGUAUCGGUCACGUGACAUGUAUCUCUGGCGCGCCAAACUGUGUUUAUAAAGAAGCGCAUACGUCAACGGGAUUCAUCUACCAAAAACAAUUUCUGAACAUUUACCAACGACUUACAAAUUCCUCAGGAAUUAUGGAGCCGCCUCCAGCAAAAAGAAAGGUUUCCGCCGUGUGGGAUCAUUUUGACCUUCUGUCGGAAAAUAAGGUAAAAUGUCGCAUUUGUUCGACAGAACUGUCUUUUAUAAAUAAAUCCACCUCCUCAAUGCUGAGGCAUUAUAGGGCAAGGCAUGAAAAUGAAGUCCCUGAUACGCGCAGGAUAAACUCAGCGUCCAGGAAGCAGAUGCUUGGUUAAGGCUCUGCUCAAUUUCAUCUUGAAGGACUGCCAGCCCCUCAGCAUUGUGGAGAGUGAAGGCUUCAGGGAACUUGUUCAGGUCUUUCAACCCACAUAUGUUUUGCCAACCAGAAAGACCAUCAAACAAAUGGUGGCCAAAAAGUACGAGGAGGAAAAGGAACGAGUCAAAAUGGAAGUACAGCAAGCUGUGGCAGUGAGUAUAACAGCUGACAUGUGGACAUCUGUGAACAUGGAGGCUUACUUGGCUCUUACCUGUCACUACAUAAAUGAGAAUUUGCAGUUGUGUACAUCUGUGUUGGGAGUGAAAUACUUUCCACAAAGUCACACUGCUGACAAUUUGGCCCAAGUCAAAAGGGGCAUGAUGGAGGACUGGGCCAUAACCAAUAAAGUAAAAUGUUUUGUGACAGACGCAGCACCAAACAUGAUUGCAUCCACUAGACAGCUCCAAAUUCGGCACUCAAUUUGCAUUGCACAUAGUCUAAAUUUAUUAGUUCGAAAAUCAUGUGAUCAGGUCCCCACACUUACAUCCAUCAGACACAAAGCUAGGAACAUUGUCACAUAUUUCAGAUCAAGCACUACAGCCAAGGAGAAGCUUGCUCAAGUGCAGCAACAGAUGGGACGACCAACGCUGAAACUCAUCAAUGAGGUGCCAACACGCUGGAACAGUACAUAUGAAAUGCUGUCAAGGCUACAUGAUGAGCGGGAACCAGUGUGGGUAUCUCUGGCCUCUCUAAAUACAGUUUUGACUCCACUUACAGCUGAUGAGUAUACCAUCAUAGGAGAAACACUUCUUGUGCUUGCUCCUUUCCAUCAAGCUACAGUGGAGUUGUCUGAAGAGAGGCGAGUCUCAGGGUCAAAGGUCAUUCCGAUGAUGAAAAUGCUCUAUUUUGCACUAGAGCGUAGUGCUUUGACCUUGCACACACAGGCAGCCAUCCACCUACACGAACACCUGAAGCAUCGAGUCACAGACACUGCUUCCAAUCUGGAGUCAUUAAGUGUGAUGACCCUAGCAACACUUCUAGACCCCAGAUUUAAAUCACUCGGGUUCCGCAGUUCCUCAAAGUUCAAUGAGGCCGUCACUAGACUGCGGUCAGAAUGUGCGUCUGUUAUUGGACGUACAAAUGAGCCCCAGCCAGGACCGUCUUCACAGCAGCUGUCUGCACCCACUUCAGGCAUGUUAUUCAGCAUUAUUUGUAUGUUGUUUUUUGGAAAUCAUGUGCUAAAAUGCCACUUUUUUUCAGACAACCUUUGGCAAGACUUCGACAUUGAAGUGGGCAGGCAGACUACAAGUGCCACAGCUGAUGCCAUCCAGGAGGUUCAGCGGUACCUGGCAGAGGGCAAUAUUGCUAGGUCACAGGAUCCAUUGAAAUACUGGGACAACCACAAAUCUUUAUACCCAAACCUGUUUAACCUUGCACUGCAGUUUCUCUGCACUCCAGCCUCAUCGGUCCCUUGUGAGCGAGUGUUUUCUGCAGCUGGAGAAAUAGUCUCAAAAAAGCGUAACAGACUUAAUUUUAAAACUUUGGAAAAACUUAUUUUUUUGAAUAAAAAUCUGUAAAAAGAAACACAUCCCAGUUCACAAGCAUGCUUAUUCACAACACGUCAGUUAGAUUUUCAUGUUAUGAUAAUGAUGUUCACAUUAUUCUAUCUAUCUAAAAGAGUAAAGAGAUUUUUAUGUAAAUGAAAAUGAGAAAUAAAACAAUAUAAAAUACAA